AGGACACUCGAUAAUUUACUUGUUGAGCUCGUCUCUACACAUUAGUGCGGUGUAACUAUCUAACCGAUCAUGUUUACUAUAAGGAAUACCGGGAUUGCUUUAUGACACUUUUAAGUGUUUUUUUCCAACAUAACACUGUAAACAUUUCACACCUCCGUAAGUUCCGCUUAACGUGAUGUCCGGCGCCACUAACGGGCCGGGCUCGAGCGGUGACUCGGUAACACCGGAUGUUCUAAACGACAUAAUCACGGAGCCCUGCGGUGGUAUGACGAUGCUUCCGUCCCGACCAUUCGACGAGGUGUACAAAAACAUUUUCAUUGGGGAGGAGUCGAUUGCGCGCUCUCCAGCCGGACUCAAGCGUCUGGGCGUCACACAUCUGAUCAACAUGGCGGAGGGCGUCCACGAUGGCUACCACGUCCACUUGGAUACGGAACUCUACCGGCCCGCCAACAUACAGUAUUUAGGGAUUGAAGCUACCGACGACCCGACCUUUGACCUCUCCAAGUCCUUUCAGAAAUGCGCGGAUUAUAUUGCCUCGGCCAUUGCUGAUGGGGGCAAAGUCCUCGUCAGCUGCAAAGUGGGAACCAGCCGUUCAGCCACUAUUGUACUCGCUUAUUUGAUUAUCAAAUGCCGGAUACCAGCACCAGAAGCAGUGAAAAUAGUCCGGAAACGGCGGGAAAUUUGUCCAAACGACGGGUUUCUAAAACAGUUGUGUGAAUUGAACAGUGAAUUAUUAAACAGCGGCCAUUUUGAGACUAAAGAGGACAAUGUGAACCUUUGAUGUGACAAACAGAAGUGUCUAGCUCGGACAUCAGGUGGCCUGAGGUAGAGGUUUUUGGAGAGGCCAAAUUUGUUGUGCAUGUGUAACGAGUCAAUGCGUUAAUAAGAUAAUGGGCAAACUUUUUUAAUUGACAAAUAUAUGGUCGUUCGUCAAGACUAACAAUAACGAUUUUUUAUAUAAUCCAAAACAUAAAACGAAUUCAUUUUUAUAAUGCAAUGAUUCGAUAAGUCAUAGGAGUACAAUGGCGUAGGAAAUGGGCGGCAAUAUCUACAAGUAAUCUUCAUGUAGUAAAUCCUCUGCUCUAAAUCGGCGAUUGAUAUAUUAUUAUCGAGCCUCAGUUGUUGUUUGAAGAAGGUAUCUGUGACGCAUGGUCAGCUGAAUGAUCGUCCACAUAGCAGGUCCAUAAUUUGCGGCAGACUACGCUCCAUGGGUCAUUUAUCAAGUAUAUGAGAAUAAUUAUCGAUGUUGAUUAGCAAUUGCGGUUUUUUAUAUAGAUUUAAAUAAUAAAGGACAACGAUUGCUAAAGAAAGGUGAUAUAGUUUUCAUAAACACAAACAAAAACGUCUUUGCUGCGAUUGAAAAAGAAGAAGUUGAAACGUUUGCUUUUAUUAAUUUUAAAAUAACUUAAAUUAAAAUGUUACAUUACCUUAAACAUUCUAAUACCAAAUGUACCAAAUCGGCCCAUAUUUUUAAAUUCCCGUUAUGUUAUUUCGGAAAGAAUUAAUUCAGAAUGGCGUGCAUUUACCCCUUAAUUGUAUUCAAGUUUUUAAUAGCUGCACUUUGACCAGUCGGUGGAUCUUGUUCGUGCUUUGUCUGCCAGCGAGUGAUUUACGCGAUGGAAUCUUGAAAAUAACUCUUUUAAAGGCAGUUUAAAUUCUACCAGCUCUUCCAACCCCUUUAAAAUUCAGAAAAAGCAAAAGCAGUCUGGAUUUAAUAAGAAAGCGGUUGAUAAUAUAUUUGACACCGCUGCGAGUCACUGUAAAAUCGCAAUGGACAAGAAUCAGUAAGUUAAGGGCCACACGAGCCCCGCCGCCCUAAAGUUAACCAAUUGCCGUUGCCUCUGAAGUAGAUUCUUUAAUAUCAAUAUUGCUAGACAUUGCAAAAUGGUUACCUUAUUGGGUCUCGAUUUUUUGAUGAUUUUGAUUUUUUGAUUGGUCAAUUAUUCCAUUCAAUCAAUUGGCAUAUUAGUUUUACACUAAAAUAAUAUAAAUUUUAAUACAUUUUAAUAUUUAUACGGACGUAAUUCUUCUUUAGAGAAAUAAUUUUACAUCGCAACAUGUCUGGAGGAUUAUUAGAUUAUACAGAUGGUCGCACGUCGCGUUUUGUAACUUUUGUAACUUUAUUGUGAUUUGCUAGUGAUGUAUUUUUGUGGUCGGGUGUAGGAAUUUUAUCAAAAUUAUCUUAAAAGCGUCACUAAAUAUUACGAACCGAUAUGCUUGCUUGUGUAUAAUCGUCUGAUCAAAUCAAGUUAUUUAGUCCGCCAUAGAGGCUCGUUUAGUUUGCUGUUUGUUAGCGUGUCUGUCUGUUAAUCUUAUAGAUCGACAAUACUUACUGUGAUCGAGGGAUGUGGUAAGGGACGUAACAAACAAUUAAAUAUCUACGUAGUGUAGUUAGGCGGCAUUUAACUCCCAUGGUUGGUCAGUAUCGUUAUAACUCGUCGAAAUAAAACAAAGGAUUAUAUUAUGCAUUAAUUAAAGGGACCUUUUCACAGAUUUUGGC